AUGUCGUCUAUUGGCAGGAGGAUUUCUCAGGUACUCGGACUCAUGGAAUCAAGCCCAAAGCCCUCAGACGAGCUUCCCUGGGAUCCUGACCAUACCAGCUUCCCUACCCGCAAAAAUCUCCCUGAUAUCCCAGGAGCUCCCAAAGACGCUGCUUGGGUAUGGGGUAAGGAUGAUAAUAUCGGGAGGUUGAAUCUACUCACUCCAGCCCGGGUCAAGGCAGCAGCCGCUGAAAUCAAAACCGGAGAAGUCAUCCCUCUGGAGUUGCCGUUUAACGUCCCAGAGACUCCAGGCUUUGCCCGGGAGAAGUUCGUGCAUACUAUUAAGACUAUCGUGGACGGUAUUGCCUACGAUGAUUUAUAUGAGCUGAAUACCCAGUUUGGGACGCAAUGGGAUGGAUUCAGACAUUUUGCUCAUUUGGCCUCCGCCAGUUUCUACAACGGUACAAAAGGAGAAGAUAUAGUUGGUCCAAAUGCAAACCAUAAAUGCAGCAUUCACCACUGGGCAGAGCACGGUAUCGCAGGCCGCGCGGUUCUACUAGACUACCGAUCAUACGCAAAAGCCAACGGGGUCGACUAUGACCCCUAUACUCCACAUGCAAUCACUUACGAGGAUCUCCGCAAAUGCGGAAAGGCCCAAGGCAUCGAUAUCCGACCAAAGGCGCAGGGUGGAGAUAUAAAAGUCGGUGAUAUCUUGUUGAUUCGGUCAGGAUGGGUGGAAAGCUAUCACGAGCGAACUCCCGAAGAGCGUACGGAGCUGGCUCUCCGACCACACAUUGCCGGAGCCGAUGAUGGACAAAAGUACGCUGGUGUUGCACAGGAAGAUGCGAUGCUUGACUGGCUGCAUGACUGCUACUUCGCUGCUGUAGCUGGCGAUGCCCCGGCCUUUGAGCGCUGGCCAACCCCUGUAUCAUAUUAUCUGCAUGAAUACAUUCUUGCCUUGUGGGGGAUGCCACUUGGCGAAAUGUGGGAUCUCGAGCGACUGGCGAAGAAAUGCCAUGAGACUGGCCGCUGGUUCUUCUUCUUGACCAGCGCCCCCUCCAACGUUCCAGGUGGAGUGAGUACUCGCGCAAAUACUACCGCUAUUUUCUAG